UAACACCGCCCUCUCGAGCAUUGGGAAGGACACGAGAAAACGCAGAACCAGAGAUCCAUCUAAUGGCGCCGGAAGACGGAUGGGCGGUUGGCCGAACCACGUCAUCGUCGUCGUCGCCGGUAGCGACGGAGAAGCUGUUGGCGCAGCACAAGGAGAAGCACUUCACGGCGGGGGACAUGGUGCGGGACGUCAUCAUGGGCGUCUCCGACGGCCUCACCGUCCCAUUCGCCCUCGCCGCCGGCCUCUCCGGCGCCAACGCGCCCUCCUCUCUCAUCCUCACCGCAGGCUUCGCUGAGGUCGCCGCCGGCGCCAUCUCCAUGGGCCUCGGCGGGUACCUGGCGGCCAAAAGCGAGGCGGAUCACUACAUGCGGGAGCUGAAUCGGGAGCAGGAGGAGAUCAUCACCGUCCCCGACACCGAGGCAGCGGAGGUCGGCGAGUUACUGUCGCAGUACGGCCUGGAGCCGCACGAGUACGGUCCGAUCGUCAACUCGCUGCGGAAGAAGCCACAGGCCUGGCUCGAGUUCAUGAUGAAAUUUGAGCUUGGAUUAGAGAAGCCAGACCCGAGGAGGGCACUAGAGAGCGCAGUAACGAUCGCUGUGUCGUACGUGGUGGGCGGCAUGGUGCCCCUCCUGCCCUACGUCUUCAUCCCCACCGCCCUCCAGGCCAUGUUCACGUCCAUCGGCCUGACCCUGGUGGCGCUGCUCUUCUUCGGCUACAUCAAGGGCCGCUUCACCGGGAACCGCCCCUUCCUGAGUGCAGUCCAGACCGCCUUCAUCGGCGCGCUCGCAUCCGCCGCCGCCUACGCCUUGGCCAAAGCCGUCCAAGCCGUCUGAGGGCCGCCCUGCACGCGGUGCGCGGCUCCUGUGCACCCCUACGUAUGGCCUUUAGGCUUGAAGGUGCUUGCCGCUUGGAGUGUUGUUUCAUCAGGUCAGUUGAUUCCGUAAUUUUAGGCUAUGAUAUGUAAGAUUACACCAUGGGAUGUAGUCUUGGUGCUUUUGUAGUUGACAAGUAGGACAACUCUGUUCUUGGCUAUCGUGGACAAAAUAGACAGCUAUAUUAGCCUUUUGCUUGGA